AUGGUAGGAGGGGACUCGGUGGCAAUGAUGGAGUGCUUUGACAAAAUGCAAACCGGGAACCAAAUUGUUUUCCAUGCUCAACGUUUGGAUGAAGAAGGGAGGCUUAAGGAUGUGUUGUGGGUGGAUGCAAGAAGUAGGGUGCUUAUGAGGACUUUGUGGUUAGCUUGCAUGAACAACCGAGUUCCUAAAGCCAUAUUGACCGACCAAGCGGCAGCUAUGCGGAGGCCCCUUGCUGAAGUCAUGCCAAACACGGUGCAUCGUUGGUGCAUAUGGCAUAUCAUGAGCAAGAUCCAUGAGAAACUAGGCAAGUGUGCCCGUUACCAAGAGUUUGUCAACCCCCUCAAAGAGCGGGUAUAUGAGAGCUUUGACCCCGAGGAGUUCCAAACCCGAUGGGCAGAGUUUAUCGCCGAGUAUAAGUUGGAGGGCAAUGAAUGGCUACAGAGCCUACACAAAGAGAGUCAUAUGUGGGUUCCUGCGUACGUGAAGGAGUUUUUUUGGGCCGGUAUGAAGACCACACAAAGGGUGGAGAGCAUCAAUCGGUUUUUUGACGGCUAUGUGAACCGAAAAACAAAACUCCAUGAGUUUCCUCAAAAGUAUUGCAUGGCCUUGGAUCAACGUGUUCGAGAUGAACUGAGUGCAGAUGCGCGUUGCUCGAAGUACCUUAGGAGGUUGGUUAGUGGAUUCAAAUUCGAAAAAAUAUUCCAAAAGUUAUAA